AUGAAACUUCGACACGCAGCAGAAGAUCUUACUGAGGCGCAAAAUAAUGUUCAUUCGAAAACGGAAGAGCUUCAGCAAAUGUAUGAGAAACUUCAUUCCAUUGAAAACAAGCUGAUUCAUACGGAAAACGAGUUUCAACAAAGACACAUCGAUCUAGAGGAGAAAAAAGCUGAAUUAGCACAAAUCAAGUCAAAUGAAAUUUCACUUCGUAAAGUGAUCAAAGAACUUCAAGAUAAGUAUGCAUCGAAUGAGCGCGAAACAGAAGCACUCAAGGAAAGCCUCGAACUAGAAGAAAAACACAGACAAGAAGCUGAAACGGAAAGACAUCGUGAAAUGGAAGCUCGACGUGAAGCAGAAAAGCAGCGACUGGUCGAACUAGAACGACGACGUAUGGAACAAGCAGAAUCCUAUGAGAGAUAUUGCAAACAAGUUGAAGUUCAACAAGAAGAAGCUCGACAACGAAAGCAAGCAGAACGAGAGAAAGAGAGAGCAGAACAGCUGUUAGAAGAGGCGACAAGCAAACCCCCCUGUUCGAUUUCCUAA